CCCCGGGUUUGCGCAGGGACUAAAGGAAUCGCCUAUGAAUCUGCCACUAGUCUACUCCGUAGCACCGGGCGGCCGCAAUCCGAAGCCUGCCCUCGUCUGGUCCGCGAGGAGGAGCUAGACAAGGCAAGUGCUGGAGCCGGCGGAACGAGACUCUCGUGUUUUUCGAGGCCGGUCGGUCAGUUAUCGCCGAGCAGGUGGCGGUUAUGCACUCACUCGCGACAGGCAGUUGCCUACGAGCAGCGUGGUCGUUCCGGCGUUGACCGUGUCGUCAUGAGAUAUGCAUAUGUAUCUUCACGUCUCGGGGGGUCACGGACGGGCCAGGUGUCAGUUUUAGAAUUUUGCCGCGUGCGCAGCCGUUGAGCCGAAUGGCGAACGGCGAGGGCCAGAUCCUGUCCGUGCCUUACCGCCCCCACCACGGCCCCUAUCGUGGAAAUCCCCCAGACCCGUCGCGUCUCGUGAGGUUUUCCGAUUCCGGGAAUGUCACGAUGUCCGCUCGCGACAGCUGUUGUCGUGCGCGUUCGUCUCGUCUGUCUCGUCUUUUGUUGUUCCCCGUCCCGGUCCCCGUCCCAUUCCCCGUCUCCGUCCCCUGCCGAUCGAUCAUCCCUACUCUACAUACAUGAGUCCCUAGUCCCGCUGCGUCGGGUCGAUGUCGAAAACACAUUCACACCACACACACAGGCGCCCACCACGCACACAGGCGCCCACCACACACACACACACACAUCUAGAAAGAGAUGCGGGAUGACGGAGGCGACACUUUCUCUUUCUAUUUUGCCCCUCCCCUCUCUCCAUAUGUAGUACACACAUCAGACGGAGCUCAGCUUCCUUCCUUCUCGAACUUUGAGCACAUGAGCACAUAUCAGCGGCGACGACGAUAAUGCUAUGUAUGCGAACUGUGCGAACUAUGCGGCGCGCUCUGUACCGGCAUUCCAUGCUAAGGAAGAUGCUCGAAACUACUUGAGAGUGACAACUCAGCCACUAGGAAACGAGAGCAUGUACCGACGACUCUGGACUUCUUUUUUUGUUUCGUGGUACUAUAUUCGAUGUAUCUAGUGCUGGUGGUGGUGGUGGUGGUGGUGGUGCUGCUGGUGGUGGUGGUGGUGCUGCUGGUGGUGGUGGUGGUGGUGCUG